CAUUAAACAACAUAAGAAGAAGAAAAGACAUUCGUGUGUUGAGCUCUGAAAUACUGCUCACUUCCGCUUAAUGACUUUAAAUAAGUGAAGCUUUUAAUGAUGCUGGACUUCGGACGAUUUUCUAGACACAGGCUGUAGGACGACCGAAUAUCCGUCAGUUGAAUUAUAUUGAGAAAGAAAGAAAGGGAGAGAAACGGUUACCAAUUUAACGCAAUGGCGACCUCUGAGAAAGCUGUGCCUACAUCAUUCAUGGAGCCUUUCAAAAACAUUCUGGUCAGUUAUUUAAUGCCAGAAAAAUGUUACGACGAGUUCUUCCUGAAUUUUAAUUUUCUGCAUGUGGACUGUCUGAAGAUAAUCAUUAGCAAAGGUUUAGGCAUUGGAAUCAUCCUUGGCUCUGUACUUGUGAAAUUGCCUCAGAUCUUGAAACUGUUGGGUGCUAAGAGUGCAGAAGGACUGAGUUUUAAAUCUGUGAUGCUGGAGCUGUUUGCCAUCACAGGCACUAUGGCUUACAGUAUCGCCAAAAGCUUUCCCUUCAGUGCCUGGGGUGAAGUUUUAUUCCUCAUGUUUCAGACAGUGACUAUUGGAUUUCUUAUCCAGCAUUAUAAAGGAAGCACCAUUAAAGGAUUGGGCUUUCUGGUCAUCUAUUUUGGCCUGUUGAUUGUCCUCAUUUCUCCUCUUACCCCCAUGUCUGUGGUCACCACCAUACAAGCCUCCAACAUGCCAGCUAUAAUCUUUGGAAGGCUCAUUCAGGCAAGUACCAACUAUAGGAAUGGACACACGGGACAGCUGUCGGCUAUUUCUGUGUUCCUGUUGUUUGCCGGUUCCCUGGCACGUAUAUUCACUACAGUGCAGGAGACAGGUGACUCCCUGAUGGCUCUUUCUUACAUCAUCUCAUCCUGCUGUAAUGGCCUGAUCGCUGCUCAGGUUCUAUAUUACUGGAAUGUCAGUCCAGCAAUUAAGAAGAAGGCUGAGUAAACCUGCCACUAAACAGUGAGACGCCGAGGCAGGCUCCUAGUGCUCUAUGUCUACUCCAUUUAACUUGCUGCUUUGAGCAACGUGUAUGGAAUCUAUUUGUAAAUUUGGAAUGAAAUCCAUUUAUGUGGUUUUGGAAGUUGAUCUCGUUUGAGAUCACUUGUUUAAAGCAGCAGCUUUCACAGUGUUGGUACAUACACACUUUAAAUAAGUAGUGAGGGGAGAGUUCUAAAUACAGAGGUAUGCCUUCAGUAUAAAGCACUGUUGUGGACUAAACUCUAGGACCAAAAAUAAACUUCCAGAAGGACCCCUUAUAUCAAUAAUUGAUCAUGUUUCCUUUGACUGUAUAAGAUCAUAGGGUGCAAUGCCUAUGCUGUCCAGUUUUACUUACUUCAUCAUUUCCUUAGCUCAGGGAAAGGAGAAAUUUUAUUCAUAUUUUUAGAAACCUGUGCACCGUGGGAAUUACUUUUAUUGUUUCUUGGGUUCAUUGUUUAUAUUCUGUAACCGUUAUAAAUGUUCUGAUUUAUUCUAGGAGUUGCUUAGGUAAAUCAUCACAAAUGAAAACAAAAGGCCAGCUAAAAUGUGACUGUUGAAUUUCUGUUUGUGUGAAAUGGUGUUGAAGAUGGUGUUACCACAAUGUUUUGUUCCAAACACAUCUAAAUUUUGCAUACAGAAAUGUUUGCUUUUUUUGUACAGAUCUGAUAUGUUUAAGAUUAUUGCAGAAUGGAACAGAAUUCUUCAGUUUAGUAAUAACUAGCCAUGACCAAAUAAUAACUGAAUGUUCAAUAUAUAUGCGAGUUAUGCCCUUUGCACUUUGUCCUUGUAACAUGCCUAUAUUUGCUGUAGGAUAAACAAAGUGGUGAGUUGAACAAAUUGAAUGGUCGGUUGCAGGAAAUUAGAAUUUUUGAACUGAAAUGUUAGUUUGUCCAUUAAAAUGUUUUGAUUUGCUUCCUUAGUAGUUUAAGCUUUUUCAGUUAAUUUAGUUAAACUACUGGAUACAAUGAAUUCUAUAAGAUCUAUAUUGAUCAUAUUUUCUUUCUUUUUGCCUAGUUAGUGGGUCCACCAACAUACACUAUGAAUUAAUCUUCUGAAUUAAACUGUAAUAAACUCGAAGCCAGAGUGUCCUUUA